AUGUUCCGGGGAAGUUCGGUCGCUGUUGAGCAGUGGAAGUGGACUAACUUCCUGGUGCCUGCCUGUGGCAUAUUCCCCGCUCUUGGGUACUCGUGCAGUGGCAGAAGCAUCAUAUUUUUAGCUGCCACUCCUCAAGAGGCUUUUUGUGCCAUGUUUUUCCUUUUUGGUGUUCUAUCAGAAUCACUUUCUUGUAGGCCAACCAUGAUCAAGUACGGGAUAAACAACAUCCGAGACCUGGUGGGACCCAAAGUCAAUCUCCAAAUGAUCUAUGAUAAUCCUAUUUGCAGGCUGGAGAAGCACCAAUGA